UUAGCACAACCUUCUUCCCUAAUUUUAAACCCUCCUUUACCUGCUACUUCACGAACUGUAAAUCAGAGUGAGAAACCCUCAAUUCUUCCAGUGUUGUGUGCUCGUGCUUCUUCUUUUGUUUCGGCGUUCUGCUCCACUGCUCUCAUUCUCGCCUGCGUCGUUUCGUUCUUCUUCUCUUCCGCCUCAACCGUCUGCCUUCGUGAACAAAACAUGCCAAAAGUGAAGACCAAUCGUGUUAAGUACCCAGAGGGCUGGGAACUCAUUGAACCUACACUCUCUGAACUUCAAGCGAAGAUGAGGGAAGCUGAGAAUGACCCCCAUGAUGGCAAAAGAAAGUGCGAGACGUUAUGGCCUAUAUUCAAGAUUGCAUACCAGAAGAGCCGCUACAUAUUUGACCUUUACCAUCAGAGGAAGGAAAUUUCUAACGAGUUGUAUGAGUUUUGCUUGGAUCAAGGAUAUGCUGACCGCAAUCUUAUUGCAAAAUGGAAGAAGCCUGGUUAUGAACGAUUAUGUUGCUUGAGAUGCAUGCAGACGCGUGAUCACAAUUUCGCCACUGCAUGUGUUUGCAGAGUACCAAAACAACUCAGGGAGGAGAAGGUUAUAGAGUGUGUUCAUUGUGGUUGCAAGGGUUGUGCUAGUGGGGACUGAUUUGGCCACAAUUCUAGUGCGUCAGUUGUUGUGAUUUUCUUGUUAUAAAUAUAUUGUCAAAUAGCUUUCUCUUGUAAUGUUUAUCUUAUGAUUUGUAUUAAGAUGAAUCUUGUUUCGAUUUUUUA